AUGGCAAGGAUCAAGGUACACGAACUGAGGCAAAAGUCGAAGCCCGAUCUGUUGGCUCAGUUGAAGGAUCUGAAAGCAGAGCUAGCUCUCCUCCGUGUCGCCAAGGUCACUAGCGGUGCCCCCAACAAGCUUUCCAAGAUAAAGGUGGUGAGGUUGUCCAUAGCGCAGGUGUUGACAGUGAUAUCACAGAAGCAGAAAGCAGCUCUAAGGGAUGUUUACAAGAACAAAAAGUACCUACCCCUUGAUCUCCGCCCCAAGAAGACCAGAGCCAUCCGAAGACGUCUCACUAAGCACCAGGCAUCUUUGAAGACAGAACGUGAGAAGAAGAGAGAGAUGUACUUCCCUAUGAGGAAGUAUGCCAUUAAGGUGUAA